GCAUCUUGUAAAUUUACGCAAUUAAAGCGUGAUGAGUAUGGCAAAAAAUAAACAAAAACAAACCAAACAAAGCGGAAUUCAUUUAGGUCUGUGGAGUUCUGCCGUGCCUGUAAGUUCUAGGAAAGGAACUCCUCCAUUUCUCAACGAACUUGUCUUUUGCAUCUUUGUUAUUUCUAUAAAUCUCUUAUUCUAAACGCAAUAGAGAACGAAAUGCAGGAGGCAGCAAGCUCUCAGGAGAAAAACACUUUUGGUGUCUGUUUGAGCCUAUAGGUGUCAGAGAAUUGAAGUCCCAGACUUGGUUUUCAGAAAACUACAACUCCCUGAAGCCUUUGGGUCGCAGAAUUAGAAGCCUCAGAAAAGGGGUGGAGUCUAGAGAGAAGCCGUUGGUUGUUUCCAUUGUCCAGAGUGGAGGGACCACAAGAGCGGAGGUGGGCGGAUCCCCGUCCUGAUUGGUUGUAACUAGAAGGGGCGUCCCCCGCGUGAUUGGCACAGUCCUUGGGGGCGGAGACCCCGCGGCGGCCGCUCGAAUUUCCCGGGUUGGGCGCGCGGGGACUGCUGGGUAGCUCUCGGGACGGUUACCCUCACCGGGUCAGCCGCGGAUCGGAGUCGGGGUAGGGGUCGGGGUUCGACAUGCAGAGCACUGACCUGGGCAACAAGGAGAGCGGCAAGAUAUGGCACCGCAAGCCAUCGCCAGCCACUCACGACGGCUCCAGGGAACUGUCUAUGUUUCCAACGCCCCGUCACUGGGGUUCCAGAUGUGGGCCACGAUGCAAAGAUUAAUUUUUGUCUUUCAACACCAUGAAACUCCAUAAAGAUGAACAGCAAUUAUAGUGAACAUUGUUCACAGCACUUCUGAAUACCAUCCCAAAGUCUUGCGGUUUUUGAAUGUGGCUUUUGAUGGCUCAGGCGAUUCCUUCAUUGCUGGGGACCAUCAGGGAAACAUCUAUGUUUUUGACUUGCAUGGAAACAGUCACCAAGGAGCUGGUUAGCUGGAUGAGAGGACACGAGUCGUCGGUGUGUUCCAUUUCUGUGCACGCAUCUGGGAGAUACGCCAUCACCACUUCCUCUGACACAGCUCAGCUCUGGGACUUGGAUACUUUCCAGAGGAAGAGAAAGCUGAACAUCCGCCAGUCGGUGGGCAUACAGAAGGUUUUCUUUCUACCAUUAAGUAACACCAUCCUCAGCUGUUUUAAAGACAACUCCAUCUUCGCCUGGGAAUGUGAUACUCUGUUUUGCAAAUACCAAUUGCCAGGUCCACCUGAGGGCUCUAACAUCUUAUACAAAGUGUUUGCUGUGACCAGAGAUGGCCGAAUCUUGGCUGCUGGAGGCAAAUCCAAUCACCUGCAUUUGUGGUGCUUGGAGGCCACAGGGCUCUUCAGAAUCAUUCAGAUGCCUGCGAAGGUACGAGCUGUUCGCCAUCUGGAAUUCCUGCCUGAUAGCUUUGAUGCCGGUUCCAAUCAGGUUCUUGGUGUGCUAAGUCAAGAUGGGAUUAUGCGGUUUGUCAACAUACAGACUUGUAAACUUCUCUUUGAAAUUGGGACUGUUGAAGAAGGAAUUAGCUCGUCAGUAAUUAGUCCACACGGUCGGUACAUAGCAUCCAUUAUGGAAAAUGGAAGUCUGAAUGUAUAUUCAGUUCAGGCUUUAACACAAGAAAUAAAUAAGCCUCCUCCUCCUCUAGUUAAGGUGAUUGAAGAUUUGCCCAGUAACACAGUGAGUUCCAGCAAUCUUAAAAUGAAGAUAAUGCCAGGAAGAGUACAGCGGCCUGCAAGAUGUAAAGAGAGCAAAAUUCCAACCAGGGUGCUCAAGCAGGACCUGACUGGGGACUUAGAAAACAAGGAGAAUGAAUUGUCAGAAGGAUUAAAUAAAAAGCGCUUACAAAUCUUAUUAAAAGGCUAUGGGGAAUAUCCAACAAAAUACAGAAUGUUUAUCUGGCGUUCCUUACUACAGCUGCCGGAAAAUCAUACUGCAUUUAGUAGCUUGGUGGACAAAGGGACUCAUGCGGCUUAUCUCAGCCUUCAGAAGAAAUACCCCAUCAAAAGCAGGAAACUACUGAGAGUAUUGCAGAGAACCCUCUCUGCAUUAGCUCACUGGUCUGCAAUCUUCAGUGACACACCAUACCUUCCACUCUUGGCAUUUCCAUUUGUAAAAUUAUUCCAGAACAAUCAGCUCAUCUGUUUUGAAGUUGUGGCUACUCUCAUAAUCAAUUGGUGUCAACAUUGGUUUGAGUACUUUCCUAAUCCUCCUAUCAACAUUCUUAGCAUGAUAGAAAAUGUUUUGGCAUUUCAUGACAAGGAGCUGCUGCAGCACUUCAUAGAUCGUGAUAUAACUUCCCAGGUGUAUGCCUGGCCUCUCCUGGAAACACUGUUCUCAGAAGUGCUGACGAGAGAGGAGUGGCUCCGCCUCUUCGAUAACAUCUUCUCCAAUCACCCUUCCUUCCUCCUGAUGACUGUGGUGGCCUACAGUACCUGCUCCAGAGCGCCUUUGCUCAACUGUACUCUUAAGAAUGACUUUGAGUAUUUUUUUCACCAUCGGAAUAACCUGGACAUAAAUGUUGUAAUUAGAGAAGUUUAUCAUCUCAUGGAGACAACGCCUGCUGAUAUCCACCCAAAUAGCAUGCUGGAUGCUUUCGUUGCACUGACGAAAGGGCAGUACCCUAUAUUUAAUCAAUAUCCAAAGUUCAUUGUGGACUACCAGACACGGGAAUGGGAAAGGAUAAGGAACGAUGAACUGGACUUCUUGAGAGAGAGGCAGACAGUUGAAAAUAUGCAAGCUGAAGUGGAUGAGCAGAGAGCUAAGGAUGAGGCGUGGUACCAGAAGCAGGAGCUGCUCCGCAGAGCUGAGGAGACAAGAAGAGAGAUACUUCUUCAAGAAGAGGAGAAGAUGGCCCAGCAGAGACAAAGGCUAGCUGCCGUGAAAAGGGAACUGGAGAUAAAGGAAAUACACUUACAGGAUGCUGCGAGGAGACGCUUGCUGAAGCUUCAGCAAGAUCAACGGGAAAUGGAGCUGCGCAGGCUGGAGGAUGAAAUUGAGAGAAAGGUACAAAUGAGAGAUCAAGAAAUCGCUGCCACAGCCAAGGACCUGGAAAUAAGGCAGCUGGAACUCGAAGCACAAAAGCGACUUUAUGAGAAGGAUCUUACUACAAGUCAAGAGGCUGUUGCCAAAGAAAUCCGAGAAGAUACAGAUGCCCAUAGGCGGAAAGCGGCUCUGGAAGAACACAUGUUCCAGAAGCUGCUAGAGAACAGCCAGAUGGGGGGCAGAAGGGCGCAGAGGGUGAUGGAGGACAAUUUGGCAAAGGCCGAGCAAGCCUGCCUGAAUGCCGACUGGCAGAUUCAGACUUUACAUAAGCAGAAGUGUGCCGAUCAACAGCGCAGCCAGGGCUACUAUGACGUCGCCACUCUCCUCCGUGAGAACAGACGCAAAGAGGUCGAAGUGUUAAAUGCAAUGAUGGAGGAGGAGGCUCAGAAAUGGAAGGAAGCCGAAGAGAAGGAAUUCCAUUUGCAAUCAGCAAAGAAAGCCUCUGCCCUUUCAGAUGCCUCUCGAAAGUGGUUUUUAAGGCAGGAGACAAGUGCAGCUUUGGAGCAUGAAGAAAUGCCUUGGUUGCAAAGGCAGUACAUGGACUCAGCCUAUCUGCCUCAAACCUCACGAUUACAUGAUGUUUCUGACAUGGACCCCUCAACACACAUUUUUUCAAGAAAUUAUCCAACAGAAUGGAACCACAUGGAACACGACCUUCUCAAGAACGUGCGAGAUCUUCGCAGGAGACUCACAGCCCGGGCUCGGAACAGCUGUCGGCACCCUCAUCUUUUGGUGACAUAAAAGACAGUUUACCAUUAAACAAUCAGAGAUACCUUUUUUAAUCAAUGGCAUUGAUUUUUUUUCAACUAUUUAUUCUAAUUUUUUAUAAAGAUCAGCCUUUUGUAUAGAGAAAUAUGUCUAUAAAAUUAUGUUUUCUAUUGAAUUAUAAUGCUUUGGCUUGUAAAGGGCUUCUGGAAUCUUUCACAAUAAAGAUUUUUGGAAACUA